AACUUCAGGGGUAGUCCAUCGGCUUGUUUCCGAAAGGCCUCAAGCUACCUUAACAACACCUGAUGGUAAUAAGGUAGGAAUAAAUAUCACAUGGUUGGUAAUAAGUUGAAAUAUGAUAUUUCGUAGAAAGAAUGGUACGAAUUUCAUAAUAGUCAUAUCAAAAGUUACCUAUGAUUAGGUAGGUACUAAGUCAUGACAUCGACGAAACUAGUAAAAGAUAGCCCUAUCAUCAUUGUGGGGGCAGGAGUUUUCGGUCUCUCAAGUGCGCUCCACCUUUCACAGAACGGAUACAAGGACAUCACGGUGUUUGACAAACAGCCCUACGCGGAUAAUGCGUAUUCUACAACCGAUGGGGCCGACGCGGCAUCUGCCGAUUUCAAUAAAGUCAUGCGGAUGAGCUACGGCGACGAGAUUGAGUAUCAACGACUUGCUUUCGAAGGUAUCAAGACGUGGAAUGCGUGGAAUGACGGGAUCAGGUCUUCGAAAACCGAGGACUUACCACGCGGCUUGAAGCCGACAGAUCUUAUCUGGAACAACUGCGGAUUCCUUCGAAUGAGCAUUGACGGAAAGUUAUCAGAUAUCGAGCGUGCUACUCUUGCAGGUAUGACCCGCGAGGGUCUACGUCAGACGCAGUUUGUAUUAGGUGACGCUGAAGACGAGAAACGGGCGAGAUCUCAUUUUAGGCGGGGAGAAUGGGAAAAGAAGUCGGAUCCAUUCGGACGCAAGAAACAAGGGAAGGAACUAGUAGGUGUUUUCGACUCUACAGCUGGGUUUGUUGAAGCUAGCAAAGCGUGCAUAUGGGCGAUGCAUCUAUGUCGUAGGAAUGGUGUUCGAUUCGUGCUAGGCGAGAAAGAGGGCCAAGUCUCUACUUUCGUCAAGAACGGGACUGGCAGGACAAUUGGUGUUCGCACUAUAUCUGGUGCUGAAUACCACUCCGAACUCUUGAUAUUAGCUGCCGGCGGCUGGACUCCGUACUUAUUUCCGUCUGUAUCACCGCUUCUCGAGACAACCGCGGGUAGCGUUGUCUACUUCCAGUUACCGCCCAAGGAUCAGGCCCAAGACCUCUGGGACAAGUUCUCGCCCGAGAACUUCCCAGUUUUCGCCUAUGGGGGUUGGUCGAAGGGCCACGGAAUCGGUGGUUUCCCUCGUACUGAAGACGGGAUAAUCAAGAUAGGCUAUCGUGGUACCAAAUAUACUAACUACGAAGACGUUCAAGAUCCUAUUACGGGAGUGAAACAUCGUAUAAGUGUUCCUAAGACGAAGUAUUGGCCUCAGCCCCACGACCCAGCUAUUACUAAGCAGGCAGUCGAUGCUGUUAAGGAGGUGGUAAGGGAGGCAAUGCCCGAGCUAGCGGCGAUUGGAAUUACUGGAUGCAGAAACUGCUGGUACACUGAUAGUCUCGAUAAUUCUUUUCUCGUUGAUUUUGUACCCAACGACGACGGUAUGCUCAUCUGUUCAGGAGGCUCUGGCCAUGGUUUCAAGUUCCUUCCGAUACUGGGGAGGGAAGUAGUUAAGAUCAUUGAGAGGCCGGGGGAGAAGAAUGCUUACGGCAAGCUCUGGAGGUGGAGGAUCAAGGAAGGCGGUCCUAGGAACGGUCUCGAACAAGGAGAAGCAGGGCCAAGAAACUGGAAGAAACAGGUCAUGGCGACAAAAGAUGAUUGGAAAUUUCGGGAGAACCCUAGCCUCUACAUGGAAUCGUAUGGGUAGAUAUAAACUCACCGUUAAAAGAUGUAUUUGAUUUUUGAUCAAUUGACCUUAAGUAUCAGGAAUCUGAUUUGUAUUGAUUUUUCAGGGGCUCAGGGGUAACAUCUCCUAUUUUAGACAACGAUCAAAUCAAUGAGCAAAUGAUUUUUAACUUGAG